ACAGUGCACUAGUAAAACAAAUUACUCCUUAUCUGUGUCUCUGCAGAGCAUACAUGCAGUGUGUUGAACUGGGAGCUGCUGGAAAAUGAGGAAGGAGGGCAGAAUGUUUCGCUGGAUCUGGUGGAUUGUUGUUGUGGCAGCUUUGUUCUUUUCAGGCUUUAUUAUCGGUUGGUUUGCAAAGCCGUCGCAUUCAGACUCUGAAAAGCACAAAGAUGUGAACAAACAUCUGAAGGAGUUUCUGGAAGAAAUGCAGACAGACCGGAUCAGAGAACAUCACAGGAAAUUUACCCGGCUCCCCCAUCUGGCUGGAACAGAGCAGAACCUAAAAUAUGCGGAGCAGAUCCAGAAAGAGUGGCUGGAUUUUGGGUUGGACUCAGUGGAGUUGGUGCCCUACGACAUCUUGUUGUCCUACCCCAACAAGUCCCAACCAAACUACAUCUCUGUGGUCGAUGGCCUCGGCAAUGAGAUUCUUAACACUUCUUUGGCUGAGCCGAUUCCACCGGGGUAUGAAGAUGUUUCCAACAUUGUGCCUCCGUACAGCGCUUACUCUGCCAAAGGACAACCUGAGGGGGAUUUGGUUUAUGUGAACUAUGGUCGAACAGAGGACUUCUUCCAGUUAGAGAGGGAGAUGAGCAUCAAUGUGACGGGGAAGAUUGUUAUUGUCAGAUAUGGGAAAAUAUUUAGGGGUAAUAAAGUGAAGAACGCCAUGUUAGCCGGAGCAAAAGGGAUCAUUAUGUUCUCAGAUCCAGCUGAUUACUGGGCUACAGGAGUCCAGCCGUACCCUGAUGGUUGGAACCUGCCUGGAGGAGGAGCUCAGAGAGGAAAUGUUCUGAACCUGAACGGAGCAGGAGACCCCCUCACACCUGGCUACCCUGCUAAAGAGUACACCUAUAGACUCAGCCCGGAGGAUGGAGUGGGACUUCCCAGCAUCCCUGUGCAUCCGAUUGGCUUUCAUGAUGCAAUUCACCUGUUGAAGAACAUGGGAGGACAGAUUCCACCCAACAACUGGAAAGGAGCUCUGAAUAUCUCCUACAGGAUCGGCCCAGGCUUUACAGAGGACUAUAAGAGCCACAAAGUGCGUAUGAACAUCCACACUAAUAACCAGAUCGCCAGGGUCUACAACGUCAUUGGAAAGAUCUUCGGAGCUCCAGAACCAGACAGAUAUGUGAUUCUGGGAGGGCACCGUGAUGCCUGGGUGUUUGGAGGAAUUGAUCCCAUGUCUGGGGCUGCAGUGACCCAUGAAACUGUGAGAAGUGCCGGCAAGCUGCUUAGAAAAGGCUGGAGGCCAAGGAGGACUAUAAUAUUUGCCUCCUGGGAUGCAGAGGAGUUUGGCCUGCUGGGAUCUACAGAAUGGGCAGAGGAGAAUGCACGGCUGCUGCAGGAGAGAGCUGUGGCUUACAUUAAUGCAGACUCUGCCAUAGAGGGUAUGUACACUUUGAGAAUUGACUGCACUCCGUCUCUACACACUUUAGUGUACGACCUCACCAAGCAGAUAGCCAGUCCAGAGGAAGGAGAGGAGGGAGUUUCUCUGUAUGAGAGUUGGCACAAGAGAGAUAACUGGACCAGUGAUCGAGAUGCACCCAGGCACGUGAUUUUUGCUCCCAGCAGUCAUAACAAGUAUGCAGGCGAGUCUUUUCCUGGGAUUUACGAUGCACUGUUUGACAUUGAGAACGCAGCUGACCCACAGACAUCCUGGCAGGAAGUCAAGAGACAAAUCAGCAUCGCAGCAUUUACAGUGCACGCCGCUGCCAUGACUCUGACACCGCCUGCAUGUAACAAACUGAAGUCUCUGAAUGACAUUUGAUUAUUCUUUUAUUCUUUUGUGCUGGGGAGAUGUUAACUCACCAACAAACCUGUAUAUAUUGACUGAAGAAUUUCUUAGUACUACAGAAACGCCUUUUUUUCUGCUAUGGUUCUGUGUUUUCAGUCAUGAAGCAUGGUAUUAUCAAUUCACUUUUUCCUUUUAAACAGACUUUUGAAGAAGAAAAAAAACCCGGUUGUUAACAAGUGACAGAAGUUAACAUAAUUUGGCU